AGUCGUUCGGGAUGGAUAGCCUUGAGGUCUUAAAGCCAGCAAUCAGCGGAUGCUGUGUGGUCUGUGGCACAAAAACCCGUGUAGUUUGCCAUCGUUGUGGUGAUUUUUAUUGCUCAAAGAAAUGUCAGCUGAAUGACUGGCAACGUCAUAGGUAUAUAUGUUUCUCAAUACCCGCCCUGGUGCAUCCCUUAGAAUGCUCAGCUUUUGGUAUUAUGGAAAUGCCGUCACAGCCGGGUAUUCAACAAGUUUGCGACAAUGUCGUCACUGCUAACAAAGUCGACGAACAAAAAGCUAACCUAGGCAAAAGGCAAAAUGAAGCAGCUCCUCUUACUGCAACUACAGAAAGCGGACGCAAAUACGAUAAUGCUUACAAAGCAGACGUAUCAGUAACGGCAAGAGGCAGCAGCAGCAGCAACAACAUCAAAAACAACAACAACAACAAAAGCAACAAUGGCUUAAAUAACAACACUUCAAAGAAAACGAAUAUUAAAAUAAAUGUUGCUCCGCCUUGUAUAGCUAUGCCUCUAAGUGGAGACAUUAUUUAUAUUACCGGCUUUCGAUCUGUAAAUCGUUGUUUUGUGCGCGAGGCCAACGAAAAUGCUGAGAAGGAAUAUUCAGAAAUUUGCCGAAAGGUUAAUUUGUUGGGGAAAGAGAUGAACAAAAUAGAUAAGCCGAAGAUCUUGUCGUACGCCCUAGCCAAGUAUCAAGAUCAAUUCCGACGUGUUAAAAUAAUUCCUGGCUCAUGUGUGCGCCUUCAAUUCCUGGACUUGGGCUUUGUCAAGCCAAGGGGUAGCGUUGAAAUUCAUGAGAUAAGCAACGAAAUAAUGCAACUACCUUGCAGUAUCAUGGAGCUUCAGCUGAAGGGCGUUCCGAACGCACCAAUGAGUCAUGAAGUCCUCAAGUUCAUUUCCAAUUUCGAGAAUAGGCGGUUUAUAGUACAGUAUGACAAUAUUAGGCAAAUAGAUUUACAGCAUGUAAAUACAGGCAAAUCAUUGAAUUUACAGAUCAUUGAAUAUUUAUCAAAAUUGCAUCUCAUUGGUAGUGCGAUUCCGUCUGAGAAAAAGUUAGUGUGUGCCAAAUCAGAUGCACAGAACAAUUUAGCUUUAGAGUCAAAAAUGGAUGAUUCGACGCCAGAUAUCUCAGUGCCAGAGGAUCCACCUAAAGUGGAAUUUGAAUUGGAAACUCAACCGACAACCAAAGCUGAUCAAUUUCUAAACAAUAAAGAAGUGAAUUUGACAAAGGAACAAAUAUCAGCUGCCAAUGUUGAAGAAAAUAAUAAAAUACACAACUUACAGAGCUUAGAUAAGGAAUCAUCAGAUCAACAUGAAAACGCCAAAGAAAAUAUUCCAUCUAAUUUUAAUAUAGAGUUAAAUACCAUUCCGCCUGUAACUCUUGAAACUACCAAAAACGGCAACUCCACUUCGGAGAUUAUAAAAAAUCUUAAAACUAUAAACAAAAUAUCCACAGAUAUCAAAACAGAUGAAGCAGAUAUUCAAAAGCCAAGCACGUCCAUUGCUAAAACUUAUUCUGAUCCUUUAUUAAUUGCGCCCUUCGAAACGCAUCGCAUUGUCAUCAAUUCGCGAGAAGGGAUCGACAUUUCCAUUGUGGACAAUUCAAAUGUUUCAAGGGGUAUUAUUGGCGCUUUUGAAAGUCGAUAUGCACGUCAUUUCUCCGAUUUGCAUUUUCGCUUGUCACAAAUCAAGGACACGCAGCCAUACAAACCUGUACUCAGGGAAUAUGUUAUUGCCAAAUUUGAAGAUGCUUGGUAUCGUGCCAAGGUAAUGGAUAUUAAAACGAAUCAGUUUACCCGUAGAUACGAAGUUAUGUAUAUUGAAUUUACCAAUGUAUCCACUGUAACAGAAGAGGACAUUCGACGCUAUCCACCAAACUUAAAUGUUCCAUGCCAUACAAACGUUUGCCUCAUAGAAGGUUUUCCUCAUCGGCCAUCAAAGGCACAAAUUAACUUUUUACAGGAAAAGUUGCAAAUGCAUAAGGUGUUGCACGUCGAUGCUGUUAACUAUUUACAGGAUAUGGCAAUGAUCAGAUGCAACGCUUUAAUCGAUGCACUUAACAAAAUAGCUUAAAGCUGCAAGAACUUUCACUACACUCAAAAUAUGAUGUUAUUUUUAAAUAUCGUAUAACGAAGUAUAUAUAUAUAUA